GCGGCUCCCUUCGGUUUCCAUGCUGCACAGGUGACGGCGGCCGCCAUAUUGGCGGAGCCUGCUGCUGCGCGGAUAGGGACGAGCAGCGGCUCCGGAGGUAGGGGAGGAAGAGGAGUAGUGGGGUCCUCCGCUUCCCUCUGGUCUGCUCCCCUUGGCUGUCCCCGCGAGGAGCUGGCGGGGGAUGUGUGGACCGAGCGUCCCGUGAGGGGGAUGCCGCAGCGGCUCAGUCAACAGGAGGAUCCGUGGCAGAAAAUGGAGGUGUACAUGAGCGGCGGGAGCGAGCUGAAUGGUUUGAAGAUGAUGGACGAGCCGAUGGACGAAGGGGAUUCCUUGCUGCCUUACGAUGAAGGAAACGUUAAAGAGAUUCAGAUUACCCACCACGUGAAAGAAGGAUGCGAGAAAGCGGACCCCGCACAGUUUGAGUUACUCAAAGUCCUCGGGCAAGGAUCCUUUGGAAAAGUUUUCCUUGUAAGAAAAAUCAUCGGACCAGAUUCCGGGCAACUUUAUGCAAUGAAAGUGCUGAAAAAGGCUUCGCUGAAAGUAAGAGACAGAGUCCGUACGAAGAUGGAACGUGAUAUCCUCGUGGAAGUCAACCAUCCGUUUAUUGUGAAGUUGCACUACGCUUUUCAGACCGAAGGGAAGCUAUAUCUGAUUUUGGAUUUUCUCAGGGGAGGAGACGUCUUCACGCGGUUAUCCAAAGAGGUUAUGUUUACAGAGGAAGAUGUGAAGUUCUACCUGGCAGAGCUGGCCCUGGCCCUGGACCACCUGCACAGCCUGGGCAUCGUGUACCGGGACCUCAAGCCAGAAAACAUUUUGCUUGAUGAAACAGGACAUAUCAAGUUGACAGACUUCGGCCUCAGUAAGGAAUCCGUGGACCACGAAAAAAAGGCCUAUUCCUUCUGCGGCACCGUAGAGUACAUGGCGCCAGAGGUGGUAAACAGACGGGGUCACACGCAAAGCGCGGACUGGUGGUCAUUCGGCGUUCUCAUGUUUGAAAUGCUCACGGGUACUUUACCGUUUCAAGGCAAGGAUCGGAAUGAAACGAUGAAUAUGAUUCUAAAAUCAAAACUUGGGAUGCCGCAAUUCCUGAGCCCCGAAGCGCAGAGUCUGCUGCGGAUGUUGUUUAAACGAAACCCUCUAAACAGAUUAGGGGCUGGGAUUGACGGAGUGGAAGAGAUAAAGAGGCAUCCGUUCUUCUCAACCAUUGACUGGAAUAAGCUAUAUAGACGGGAGAUCCAACCCCCGUUUAAACCUGCUUCUGGGAAACCAGAGGACACCUUCUGCUUUGAUCCAGAGUUCACAGCAAAAACACCUAAAGAUUCUCCAGGGGUUCCUCCGAGCGCCAACGCACAUCAGCUCUUCAAAGGCUUUAGCUUCGUAGCACCUUCAUCUAUCGAAGAACACAAGAUCUCUUCUAUCACAAACGUGCUGCCGAUUAUACAGCAAUUUCAUGGAAGCAGAGCGAAGUUUACCGAUAUUUAUGAUCUGAAGGAAGAUAUCGGCGUUGGGUCGUAUUCCGUGUGCAAGCGUUGUGUUCACAGGGCCACGAGCAUGGAGUAUGCUGUGAAGAUAAUUGAUAAAAGCAAAAGGGAUCCGUCGGAAGAGAUAGAAAUUCUGAUGCGUUAUGGCCAGCAUCCUAACAUUAUCACUUUGAAAGAUGUGUUUGAUGACGAUGGCAGAUACGUUUACCUCGUCACCGAGCUGAUGAAAGGCGGGGAGCUGCUCGAUCGCAUCCUCCGCCAGAAAUACUUCUCGGAGCGGGAAGCAGGAGCCGUACUCUACACCAUCGCCAAAACCGUCGAUUACCUGCACUGCCAGGGGGUGGUUCACCGUGACCUUAAGCCUAGUAAUAUUCUAUACAUGGAUGACUCAAGCAAUGCAGACUCCAUAAGAAUUUGUGAUUUUGGGUUCGCGAAGCAGCUUCGAGGAGAUAACGGGUUACUCUUAACACCGUGUUACACUGCCAACUUUGUUGCGCCGGAGGUUCUCAUGAGGCAGGGCUACGAUGCUGCCUGUGAUAUAUGGAGCCUCGGUGUUCUCUUGUACACAAUGCUUGCAGGUUACACUCCAUUUGCCAACGGACCCAACGACACCCCAGAAGAAAUCUUAAUGCGGAUAGGGAGUGGAAACUUCUCGUUAAGCGGAGGAAACUGGGACACGGUGUCAGAUCCCGCGAAGGACUUGCUAUCGCACAUGCUUCAUGUCGAUCCGCAUCAGCGGUAUACGGCGGAGAAAGUAUUAAAGCACUCCUGGAUUUCAUGUAGAGACCAGCUUCCCCAUUACCAGCUAAACCGACAAGACGCGCCUCACCUGGUCAAGGGCGCUAUGGCUGCUACGUAUUCUGCACUGAAUCACAAGAUACUACAGCCCGUGCUGGAGCCGGUCGCCGCUUCAAACUUAGCGCAACGCCGUAGUAUGAAGAAGCGAACGUCAACAGACUUGUAGAUAAAUCGGCGCAUUGCGGCCAAACCGGCGCCAGGGAAGUCCUCUGUCCAGCCUGUGGUUGAACAGCAUUUAGAGUCUUUAUAUUACUUGAAUAUUAUGUACAAAUCUUUCACGGACAGCAUAUUUUUUUUGUGUGUUCUGUGCUUUUACGCUUUUUCGGCCGUUUUUAUUUAUUUUUUUAUUUGGUUUUGGGAGACUUUCGGGGUUUUUUGUUUUGUAUAAACAUCAGGGUACGUCACGGAAAUGCCUCACCUUCAUGCAAA